CCUUGCAGUCUGGGGACCGGACUGCAGGGCUCGCUAGCUGCUUGGUCACCUGCGUGCAGAGCCCGCAGUCCCCGCCGUCCGGGCCCAGAGGACAAGACUCCCAUAUCCCGCGCCCAGCAGCCCCCGGGGACCGUGCGCCCGGCACGGGCUCGGAGAUCCCGCCCAGCGGCGGCUCAGGCGGCGCGCCUCGCUCCCAGCCUCAGUUUCCCCAUUGAUAAAGCGUUGACGGGCAGUUGUUGACGGCUUCUGCGGACAGAACCUUGAGCUCCGACGUCCGCACGGGUCCCGGCAGCCCCCACGCCCCGAAGGGAGGGCGGGACCUGGAUCUCGCGACCGCUGCCCCUGGUUCCCGCCCCCAGGCCCUAUGGGGCUGAGGUCGGGAGGCCCCGCCCCCCGCCCACGAGGAAGUGGCUGCGGCUGCAGCGCGGGGCCCAGAGCCGGUUCGGCGCGUCGACUGCCCAGAGUCCGCGGCCGUGGCGCGGGAGGAGCCAAGCCACCAUGGCCUACCACAGCUUCCUGGUUGAGCCCAUCAGCUGCCACGCCUGGAACAAGGACCGUACCCAGAUCGCCAUCUGCCCCAACAACCAUGAGGUGCACAUCUACGAGAAGAGUGGCGCCAAAUGGACCAAGGUGCAUGAGCUCAAGGAGCACAAUGGGCAGGUGACAGGCAUCGACUGGGCUCCUGAGAGUAACCGAAUUGUGACCUGUGGCACAGACCGCAACGCCUACGUGUGGACACUGAAGGGCCGCACGUGGAAGCCCACGCUGGUCAUCCUGCGGAUCAACCGGGCCGCCCGCUGUGUGCGCUGGGCCCCCAACGAGAACAAGUUCGCUGUGGGCAGCGGCUCCCGUGUCAUCUCCAUCUGUUAUUUCGAGCAGGAGAAUGACUGGUGGGUUUGCAAGCACAUCAAGAAGCCCAUCCGCUCCACCGUCCUCAGCCUGGACUGGCACCCCAACAAUGUGCUGCUGGCUGCCGGCUCCUGCGACUUCAAGUGCCGGUGAGACUGGGCACCAUGGGGGAGGGUGGGGCUGAUGUCAGCUGACUGCCAAAAUCACAGCAGGGAUUGGGGGGGUUGGGUACAUGGCGUCUGCUUCUCAGCUAGCGGGAGCCGCGUGGCCUGGGUGAGCCAUGACAGCACCGUGUGUCUGGCUGAUGCUGAGAAGAAGAUGGCUGUUGCGACCCUGGCCUCUGAAACACUGCCGCUGCUGGCACUGACCUUCAUCACAGACAACAGCCUGGUGGCAGCGGGCCACGACUGCUUCCCGGUGCUGUUCACCUAUGACGCCGCUGCGGGGACUCUGAGCUUCGGCGGGCGGCUGGAUGUGCCCAAGCAGAGCUCGCGGUGGGGGGCUGCCCAAAAUCAGGAGGAGUAG